UAUUAAUAGCUUGAUAUUCCACUGACUGUAACCCAGAAAAUGCUACGUACUUACAACUCAUAGAAUACCGUUCAAUAAGUGUUGCUUUUUAAAUGAAUUCUCUUGUUUGAACUAUUUGCAAUUUUUCUGACAAUUAUACAUAAAAAAUUAUGACUUAGGAAUUAGAAAUUAAUGUUUCUGUUUGUGAUAACUGUUAGUGAGCAAGAUAAAAUUUAAAAUUUUCAGAAAAACUAUUCUGUUCGUUGGUGGUGAGAAAAGUGACUCGUUUAUAAACUGACCUCUCAAAAUUAUCGGAUUUAUUAAAAUUUCUUUAUGAUUACCGCUAUACUAUUAUUAUCGUAAAAUAAGUGACCGACGGAACAAUUGUAUCUAGCCAACAACUAGCUAGGAAUAACUAGAACAUUGUCGUGUUCGAAAUCGUUGCAAACGCUUUUAUUGUGUUUAAUAAUUUAAUCAGUUUCAGACAGUUUUUACAAAAAACAGAAAACUAAUCCAAUAGACAGUAAGUAAAUUAUUAUUCGAUAAUCGGUAAUAGAAAAAGAAAAGAAAACUGACUUUAAACACAUAGAAUUCAGAGAAAAGACAUUUAAUUUUUGUGACCUUAAAAUAGUUUGAUGCACAGUUUCGAUUUUUGAAAGUUUCCAUUGAUUUUUUGUAUCAAUGUUCUUACUAGAAAUAACGUAAGUGACAAAUAAAGAGUUCUUUGCAUAUCAGAAGUUAUAAUUUACAUCAACAGUUGACGUCGUAUGCAUUCAUGUUCUUAAAUAAUUCCCGAGCAGUAUGGAAUUAUAUCACAUAAAUAAGGAAACAUCUGCUCCAUGCAUUCAACAACAUUUUCUGAACGAUAGAAUACAUUUAACAGGGCUCCAACGAGCGAUUUCCCAAAUGUCAAUGCUAGUUGUGAAGGCCACAAACUCAGGCGAAGCUGCUUGGCGUGAAGAAUGUCUCAAGUAUCGCCAAACAAGAUUUAGCUCUCGACGCUUGAAAAAAAGAGUCGUUUUCAAACACGGAGAUUGUAAUGUAGUGCAAGGCAAUGUAGCAAAAAGACGACGACGAUAUAUGCAGGAUAUUUUCACAACUUUAGUGGAUGCUCAAUGGCGCUGGACGCUGCUCGUGUUUUCCAUGAAUUUCCUGCUGUCUUGGCUCGGUUUUGCUAUCGUGUGGUGGUUGAUUGGAUAUGUCCACGGUGAUUUUAAUGAUGAUCAGUCUCGUGGUUCGAAUAAAACUUUCAUUCCAUGUGUUGAAGAUAUUCAUGGUUUUACGAGCUGUUUUUUAUUUUCCGUUGAGACUCAACACACUAUUGGGUAUGGCUCAAAGCAUACUACGGAAGAAUGUCCAGAAGCCAUUUUUAUAAUGUGUAUCCAGUCAAUGACUGGUGUUAUUCUCCAAGCAUUUAUGGUCGGAAUAGUGUUUGCGAAACUAUCUCGACCUAAAAAGAGGACACAAACUCUACUUUUUUCUCGAAACGCAGUCAUUUGUCAACGAGAUGGACAGCCAUGUUUAAUGUUUCGAGUUGGAGAUAUGAGAAAAAGUCACAUUAUUGAAGCUCAUAUCCGUGCUCAAUUAAUAAAUAAAAAGGUAACUAGAGAAGGAGAAUCACUUCCAUUCUUCCAAACCGAGCUCAGAGUAGGGGGUGAUGGUGAAGAGGAUAAAAUAUUUUUUAUUUGGCCUACAACAAUCGUUCAUAAAAUCAAUCGACUUUCACCUCUCUAUUAUCUUUCUGCAAGUGAUAUGCUUAGGGAAAGAUUUGAAAUUAUUGUAAUGUUAGAAGGCGUAAUAGAAUCAACUGGGAUGACUACACAAGCAAGAAGCUCUUAUCUUCCAUCGGAAAUCCUGUGGGGUCACAGAUUUGAACAAAUCAUUACAUUUAGAAAAGAAACUGGUGAAUAUGAAGUAGACUACACACUUUUUAACAAUACAUAUGAAGUUGAUACACCUCUGUGCUCUGCGGCCCAGUUAGAUGAAGUUAAAAUUAUAGAUCACGAAAAUGAAGAAUUUGAUAUUGGACCUGCUGUAAUGCCGACUCAUAGAGAUCAUUCAACCAGUUCAGUCACGAGUUCGUUGGAUUCAAGUUUAGGCUCUUCUACCAGUGGGUUACAUAUGACUAUAUCUACUCCACCAACACCGAUUCCUGUAACAAUAACUGCACCAGAUGAAUUGUCACGCCGCAGUAGUGUUAAUAAUGAAGUUCAUGGUUCAUGAAAAUGUUUCAAACAUCCUGAUUAAAAAAAUUCAUUAAGAAGAUUUGAAACUGAUUUAUCACUUUUGAAUUCAUUUUAAUUGUUAAUAUUCGAAAGAAUUGCUUAGCAUUUACUGAUUAGUAUGGAUUGCGACAGAUUCAGUGACGUGAAUUAAUCUUCACUUUUGUCAAUUAUUGAUAAAGCCGGAAAUUGCGUAGCAUUUACAUCGAAUUCAUUUUAAUUUUUUUUAAUUGAAAACGAGACCAAAAAUUCAGUUUUAAUUACUGAUUCAAAUUAAUUCAGAAGAAUUCAGAAUUUUUAAUAUAUUUGAAUUUAUUUGAAUUUUCUAGAAGACUAG